AUGCCAGAUUUGGGAAACCUAUCUCUCUCUGCUACUCUCGCACUCUCUCACUGCUCCAACAUCAAGCCCUCGGAUGUCACCGAUUCCGCCCCGGUCAAAACCCGACCCAAUGGCUACGGUUCCGAUAAUGGCAGUGAAGCUCGGAUUUUGAAGCGGAGCCGCGGUUCCUUGGAUAGGGUCAAGACCCGACCCAAUGACAAGGGCUUGGAGGAUCGCGUCAAGGAUCCUUUCUCUCUUCCCUUUCUUGUUGGCGCUCCAAAGAUGAGUGAAUGCUCUUUUUGCCACCAUUUUAUCUAUCCUGGAGAGGAGCUAUUAUGUUCUGUUCGUGGAUGUGACGCCUGCUACCAUACGGAAUGUGCAAAAGAAGCCGUUGGGGUUUCAAAUCUGAAGAAAUUCAAGUGUCCACAGCAUGUAUGCUUCAUUUGUAAACAAAAACUGCACUUGAAGUGUGUGCGUUGCACAAUAGCAUUCCAUAAUAAAUGUGCACCAUGGCCAGAUGCUGUGAUGCAUAUAAAAGAUCAUCCUGGGCAAGUUGUUUGUUGGAGGCAUCCUUCUGAUUGGCGCCUGGAUAGAAAGCCUGAUGCUUUAACAAGUGACAUUUCGGAAGUAUUUUGUCGAUUGCCUCUUCCCUUUAUCAAUGAGGAGUUUAAGAUUGACUUCACUUGGAAAGACAUGGACAGUAAGAUGGAGCCACCACCAUAUGUACACAUAAGACGCAAUGCAUACAUAGUGAAGAAGAAGCGUAGUGAUGUAGAUGAUGGGGCAGGGUGCAGUUGCAGUUCUACGUGCUCUGAUAGUUGUGUGUGCAGGGUUCAAUGCAUAAGCUGCUCAAAGGCUUGUCGCUGCUCAGAAAGUUGCAAUAAUCGGCCCUUUCGCAAGGAGAAAAAGAUCAAGAUUGUCAAGACUGAACUUUGUGGAUGGGGAGUAGAGGCCGCUGAAACAAUCGAUAAAGGUGGAUUUAUUAUUGAGUAUAUUGGAGAAGUCAUUGAUGAUGCUUCAUGUGAAGAACGGCUUUGGGAAAUGAAACGCAUGGGUGUACAAAAUUUUUACAUGUGUGAGAUUCGGAAAGACUUUACAAUAGAUGCAACUUUCAAGGGAAAUACAUCACGAUUUUUAAACCAUAGUUGUGAUCCCAACUGUGUUUUGGAAAAGUGGCAAGUUGAUGGUGAAACACGUGUGGGUGUAUUUGCUGCUCGUUCAAUAGAAGUUGGAGAGCCGUUGACAUACGAUUACAGAUUUGUGCAAUUUGGUCCAGAGGUGAAAUGCCACUGUGGUGCUCCAAAUUGUCAAGGCUUUCUAGGGACGAAAAAGAAAAUUGGUAAGGUAGACCUCUGUUGGGGCUCAAAACGUAAACGAACCUCAAAUGCUCGCAUUACAAUAGUAACAGCUGUAUGAUUUGCCAAUAUAUCAUGCG